AUGUUUUAUAAUGAUGGAGUUUAUUUGGAUAUGUGGACAAUGGAUUCUUCUGUGCUCUUCACCGCCACUACACUGGUACCUGUAGGAUUUGGUCUUAUUACACCUUUGACAUGGAACGGUCGAAUGUUUCUAGUUAUUUAUGCUAUUGUUGGUAUUCCGCUGGCAUUGGUUACCAUUUCAGAUAUCGGGAAGUUUUUUUGCGAUGCCGUCUUUAAACUUUUCAGAGAGUCGACAUCGAUCUUCAUGGCUGCACUUUUGAUCUUGCUUUUGCUGUAUCCCCUUGUCGGUGGUCUAUGCAUCCACAACGUCUCACAUUUAUCGCUAUUCGACAGCGUCUAUUACUGCUGUAUUACGAUACUCACUGUAGGAUUUGGAGAUAUCGAGUUGGUGCCAUUUUUCAACGGUCCUCCUAUACCAGUUCCCUAUCUGAUCCUUUUUAUUGUCGUUGGAGUUACCUUAGUGACAAUGUCAGUGGAUGUAGUAGCAACCAACAUCAUCCACCAGAUCCAUUAUAUGGGAAGGCAAAUGGGAAAGGCUAAGGUUAUCGCCGACAAAAUGAUUCAGAUGGCCCAGAAAAUCAGCAUAAAUAAAGGACUUGGACUAGGAAUGACACAGCUGGGCGCAUUUGCUAAGAUGGGAAUGAUGAUAAAUUUAACAUCGAAUGGUGGCGCGCUGAGUCGAGGAAAUCAGGAUCGCAGUAACUACGAAAAGGAGAAUCAGCCGAUGCAACGAAAAAGCACCGCUUUCGACCCCGAACUUGACUUCGAUCUAAUCGACAGAUUAGUUCCUUAUGGAUACCCUUCUCAGAACCGGGAUGAAGGAGACGACGACGUUUUCUACGAACAACAGUGGAACGUUUGA